UGCCUCUUUCACCAGCAGUUCCCCUCUUCCCAAAAAAGCAUCACCUUGCCAGCUCCCUUCCUCCCGCCAGCUGCCAGGAAAAAAAAAUUAGGGCAAGGACAGGGAGAGAGAGAGCAAAACCAAUGAACUUGUUUCCAGCUUUUCCUUCGGAUCAGCCGUCCAGCAUCGGGAGAAAAAUAUUUGUCCUGUAAAAAAAUCCCCUCUCCGUGCAGGCUCCGAGCCCUUCGUCACUGGGACACAGGCUGGAGACGCGGGCUCAGCUCGGCAGCAGAGGACACCGUGUCACCAUGAGUCCAUUGAGCCAUGGAGGAUGUCCUGAGCCCUGUGGGGGCACCCUGGGUCCCUUGGAGAUGCUCUGGGUCCUGUGGAGAUCUGCCACCCUCCUUCCAGUGCUGCUCCUGGGACACAGGGGCUGCCACAGCCCUGUGCUAGAGUGGCAGGGAUGGAGGUGCUGAGCUGCAGUUGUCACCUCAGGGACCACACAGCAGGUGCCCUGGUAGGUGUGCGACAGACCACAACUCGGACAACACCACGGCGAUGCUGCAGGAGUGGCUGGGGGCGGUGGGGAAGGACUAUCACUCGGUGCACUGGAAGGUGCAGGAGGAGCCCAGCUCCUACCCCGACGAGCUCGGGCCCAAGCACUGGAGCGACAAACGCUAUGAAAACCUGAUGAGGCUGAAGCAGGAAGCGCUCACCUAUGCCCGGGAGCAGCAGGCAGACUACAUCCUGUUUAUGGACACUGACAGCAUCCUGACCAACAACCAGACCCUCAAGUUUCUCAUAGCACAGAACAAGUCAGUGGUGGCCCCCAUGCUGGACUCGCAGACCUUCUACUCCAACUUCUGGUGUGGCAUCACACCCCAGGGCUACUAUCGCCGGACAGCCGACUACUUCCCCACCAAGAACCGGCAGCGGGUGGGCUGCUUCCCUGUCCCCAUGGUCUACGCCACCUUCCUGAUCGACCUGCGGAGGGAGGAGACGUCACAGUUGGCUUUCUACCCACCCCAUCCCAACUACACCUGGGCCUUCGACGACAUCAUUGUCUUUGCCUACUCCUGCCAGGCGGCUGGUGCUGAGGUCCAUGUGUGCAACCAGCACCACUUUGGCUACAUCAAUGUCCCUGUGAAGGCCCACCAGACGCUGGAGGACGAACGUGCCAACUUUGUACAUCUCAUGCUGGAGGCCAUGGUGGAUGGCCCCCCCAUGCAGCGCUCCAGGCACAUUUCCCUCCUCCCCAGGCCACUCACAAAAAUAGGAUUUGAUGAGAUCUUCCUGAUCAACCUGGUGCGGAGGCCGGACCGGCGCCAGCGGAUGCUGGCAUCCCUGCAGGAGCUGGAGAUCCUCCCACGGGUGGUGGAUGCUGUGGAUGGCAGCACCCUCAACAGCAGCGACAUCAAGGUGCUGGGGGUGGACCUGCUCCCUGGGUACUAUGAUCCCUUCUCCGGCCGCACACUCACCAAGGGCGAGGUCGGCUGCUUCCUCAGCCACUACAGUAUCUGGAAGGAGAUCGUGUCCCAGGGGCUGGAGCGGUCGGUGGUCUUCGAGGACGAUGUGCGCUUUGAGGCCGCCUUCCCCGCACGGCUGCAGCGGCUGAUGGACGAGCUGGAGCAGGCACAGCAGGACUGGGACCUCAUCUACCUGGGGAGGAAGCAGGUGAACGACGAGGAUGAGGCGCCUGUGGAGGGUGUGCGGAACCUGGUGGUGGCCGGGUACUCGUACUGGACACUGGCCUACGCCAUCUCCCUUCGUGGGGCACAGAAGCUACUGGCCACCAAGCCCCUCUCCAAAAUGCUGCCAGUGGAUGAAUAUCUGCCCAUCAUGUACGACAAGCACCCCAACGAGGAUUACAAGCGGCACUUCUCCCCCCGGGACUUGCUGGUGUUUUCGGCUCACCCGCUCCUGGUUUAUCCCACCCACUACGCUGGGGACAGCAACUGGCUGAGUGACACUGAGACCUCCACCAUCUGGGAUGAUGACACCAAGAAGACGGACUGGGCUGGCUCGCAGAAGACCCUGCGGGACUCACGGGGCAGCGCCGGCCACCUCCGCUCCACUGGCCACGACGAGCUCUGAUGGGAUGAGGGAUCGUGACCCAGCUGGGAGCACCGUGGGCCUGAUCCUGCCCUCUCCUACUCGAGUGAUGCAGUUGCCCUGGACAGACCCCCACAGGGUUCUUCGAAUCUGACUGUGACAAAUCCAACCUAAGGCAGGAUUUGCCCCAGGAGAGCCUUUCCCUGCCAGGUGGAGUGACCAGCCAAGCGCUGUCUCUGCUGAGCACACGUCUCCAGGAUUGUCCUGAGUGAUGCCAACUCUGCCACCAGCUUGGACUUUGGGGAGUGCUUUUCAGGCUGGGGGCUGGCUCCUACAGUGGCACACGUGGCCUCCUGCUACUGACUGGGUUGUCCCUCGUGCCAUGUCUGGGCUGAAGCCCAGGGAGGAUUAAAGCAGACUGUGAUUGAGCUG